ACCCCAUUCUCUCUCCUAAAUUCACUAUUUUGGAGAAAGGUGGUAAGGCUAUGGCUGCAGGAGCAGCUGGAGAUGGACUACUCCGGCGAGUAUUUGAAGGAUGCAUCUCCGGCCACGACAUGGGGAUCGGAAGGCGGCCAUAUCAUCGGAACUGCAGCUGUGCAUUACAUAAAUCGAGCGGCCAUUGCUCCCAUACGUCGCCGUAUACAAAUGUGUGUUACCCCCUGAGACGGGCAUGGAGUGAGAAUUGCCUAUCGUUGAUGGCUCCUGUGCAUUGCUCACCGUGUUCUUCGCCGGCUGGAGCUUCAGGAGAGACGGGGAGGACUCAUUUGGUCUUGUGUUUGUCUAAUGAAGAAGAGAUUGAUUCAAGUAAUGUUUGAUUUUCUUUUGUUUUUGAGAACAAGGAUGAGAUUGUAAAAGUAUUUCAAGAUCGAGAAGGUAUCACGCACACUUCGAAAUUUGUUUUACAGCCACGCGUAUGGCAUAUUUGUUAUGACGAUUCUUGGUUGAAAAAUUGUUAUGAUCUGUUUUUUUGUCAAUUG